UCCCCAAAUACCUCCCGUGACCUCUCUCAGCCAUCAUCAGAUCCUCAUUUCAAGACGAAGCCACAGCGCAAAAGAUGUAAGAAAAGACACCGCAUUGCUCUCAUAUCACCCACCGGUGUAUGGCUGUGACCCCAAUACCUCCCCAUACCCACCACUGCUUUUUUAUUCUCCCUUCCCGAGAAUGUUGUCUGGGGAUAAAGGUGGUGUUAGUGGUGCCACCGUUCGCCGGUGGUCGCUGUUCAAGCUCGUCUCUUUCACCCUCGCCAUCGCCCUCCUGCUCUGGACGAUGGAUGCCCUGUCCGUCACCGCCACCACCUCCUCCUUGAUCGCCGUCACCCUUUCAUCUUUGAACGUGCUGUCACCUCCUCCGACAACCGCGCCAGCCCGCUCUGCCCCGAAUACCCGCGCUGUUCCGCGUCUCCGCAGCUGGAUCUCGGUCCCUGCGACCCCCAACUUCACCUCGACCCUCGUGUCCUGGUGGUUGGCCCCCGGCGGGGAGCCCUGCGGAGAUUCACGCACCGCCGACAUCGCUGUUCCCGACCUCGACGGCGGUCGCACCGCGGAGCUCUCCUGCGGGCAGAUCCACGAGUUUGUGCUCUCGGCGCUGGAUGAUGGCGGCCGGCCGCGCUGCCUUGGCGGGGACUACUUCGAGACCGACCUGUCCGGUCCCACUUGGAAAUCACGCCCGCCUGUGGUCGACCACGGCAACGGUUCCUACUCCCUCAGACUCCAGGUCCAUCCCGACUUCGCCGGCGAGUACAAUCUCACCGUCGUCCUCCUUUUCCGCAGCUUUGAGGGGCUCAAACUCUCUCCGGAGCGGUUCAAGUUCCGCCGAGAGCUGAGGAGGUUUCCCAUCAGAUUCCACCGCAGCAACGGGACGCUGCCGCCGCUGCGUCUCUGCCAUGGCGUUGCCGACCUAUCGAAGGAGGUUUGGUCCGGCCGUUGGACGCGGCACGCCAGGAACGACAGCUGCGGCGUCGACGAUGAGGGGCGGUACCGCUGCCUCGACCCGCGCACGGCGUGCCCGAAGCCGUGGUGCGACGGCCCACUGGCCGCGCUCGAAAGCAACGGCUGGGUCUACUCCGCCCAUUGCGCCUUCAGGAUCUUCACCCAGGACGUGGCCUGGAAAUGCCUGCGCAACCGGUGGCUCUUCUUCUGGGGCGACUCCAAUCACGUCGACACCAUCCGCAACAUGCUCAAUUUCGUGCUGGGACGGCCGGACGUCGACUCCGUCCCUCGUCGCUUCGACAGGAAGUUCACGAACCCGGUGAACCACUCGGAAUCUGUGCGGAUCACCAGCAUCUUCAAUGGGCAUUGGAACGAGACGUCAAAUUACCUGGGCUUGCACUCCCUUCGGAACCAGGGAUUCAGGGAACUGUUGUGGGAGUUCUUCAAGGGGCCAACGGCUCCGGACGUGAUGGUCUUCAACUCCGGGUUGCACGACGGCUACCACUGGAGGAGCAUCCGUGCCUUCGCAGACGGGGCGGAGUACGCGGCUAGGUUCUGGGAGGAAAUAGUAAUGCGGCGGCGAGUGAGGGGUAAUGCCACUGACGCGACGCCGUCGGCCCUGCCCAGGAUAUUCUACCGGACGACCAUUGCAACGGGAGGCUACGCCAGGGACUUGGGCUACAACCCCAGCAAGAUGGAGGCCUUCAAUGGCAUCUUCCUGGAGAAGCUCAAGGAUAAAGGGCUGAUCACGGGAGGGGUGAUCGACGAGUUCGACAUGACUUUCCCCUGGCACUACGACAAUCGAUGCAACGACGGCGUGCAUUACGGCCGCAAGCCGGCGAAGAUGCAGUGGCGGGACGGGGAGGUGGGGCACCAAUAUUUUGUGGACUUGAUGCUGGUCCAUGUCCUCCUCACCGCAAUAUGCAACGUGGGGUAGCUGCUGCUGCCUCCCUCCACGGACGCAGUCUGGGUGGUGGUCGUUAGCUGCUAGCCAUUUGGUCGGAAUGCGUGUAACAAACAGAAGGAUCAGCAAGAAAUCGCCGGAGAUGAGUGUGGGGAUCGGGAGAUCACUCCCGGGUCGAAACGCCCCACUCGUAGAAGCAGAAUCCAGUGGUCUACUCACUCUAGAUAUCAAUACUUACACGAGUUACCUUAGUUUUAAUUUAAUUAGUUGGUGCGUUUACAGCCGCACCAAUCAUCGUCUUAAUUUUAAUUGCCAAGAGGUGUUCACAGAUCCAAUGAAGCAAUGAAAUGACAUCUGUUGCAUGGAA